GGGAAGUGCUAUCCCUUCCAUAUCUCUUCCGAGUUUCACCACCGGCUACCGUGUACCCGAACCCGAUCAUUUUCUCAUCUACACCCACCUACAUACAAUUAGGUACACUACCUAAUCUAAGCUUACUGAGAUACUACCUAAGUAAACUACCCGCUUUUGGUAUUCUCGUCAUCGCCUACCUAUCACCUCAUUCACGCCUCUCCCUGCGUUGUUAGGUCAAUGGCGCCAACACAACUUCCGGCUUCCGGAAACCCUCUGGUUUUCUUUGAUGUUACGCUCGGAGGUGAACCCCUCGGGCGGAUCACCUUUGAGCUCUUCAAGGAUACUGUCCCUCGUACCGCGGAAAACUUUCGCCAGUUCUGCACCGGCGAGUCCAAGAAUAGUCGGGGCCAGAGUCAGGGUUACAAGGGAAGCAAGUUCCACAGAAUCAUUAGCAACUUUAUGAUUCAAGGCGGAGACUUUCUCAACGGCGAUGGCACUGGCAGUACAUGUAUCUACGGCACCAAGCAGUUUCAAGAUGAAAAUUUCGACUUGAAACAUACCCAGAAGGGACUUCUCUCCAUGGCUAACUCGGGCCCGCACACCAAUGGGUCCCAGUUCUUCAUUACUACUGUGCCUACUCCUCACCUUGACGGGAAACAUGUUGUCUUUGGAAAAGUCGUCGACGGCCUCGACGUAGUCGAAAAGAUAGAAAGAACGAAGACUGGCAGGCGUGGACGGGAUAUACCAGACAUGGACGUGGUCAUUGCCCAGUGCGGUGAAAUGUAACAGUCGCUAUCUAGGAUAAUAAGAGCCCCUGUGUUUCCAUAACACCUUAAAUAUUUAAUAGUCACAGCAAAUAAGUAUUCUCUAGUGCAUACCUAAA